GAAGGCAAGGAGCACUCCGGCCAGCACAGCCGAUGGUACGAGAGCAUGGCUAGCUAGCCGAGCUACUUAGCUACUACAUCCAUGAUCCAUCCAUCCCCAACAAACGGAGCAAGACUGCAAGGGAGAGGGAGAGAGAGGGAAGCUUGCAGGCUGCAGCUAACUAGCUAGGCAAGGAGAGAGAGGAGAUAGAUCAAGAAGAGAUUUUGAGACCGAGAGAGAGCUAGAGAGAGAUCGAUGGGGCGAGGGAAAGUAGAGCUGAAGCGGAUCGAGAACAAGAUAAGCCGGCAGGUGACGUUCGCGAAGAGGAGGAACGGGCUGCUGAAGAAGGCGUACGAGCUGUCCGUGCUCUGCGACGCCGAGGUCGCCCUCAUCAUCUUCUCCACCCGCGGCCGCCUCUUCGAGUUCUCCACCUCCUCCUGUAUGUACAAGACACUGGAGCGAUACCGCAGUUGCAACUACAACCUUAACUCAUGUGAAGCAUCUGCUGCACUGGAAACUGAACUAAGCAAUUACCAAGAGUACUUAAAGUUAAAGACAAGAGUUGAGUUCCUACAAACAACUCAGAGAAAUCUUCUUGGCGAGGACUUGGUUCCACUUAGCUUGAAGGAGCUCGAGCAACUUGAGAACCAGAUCGAGAUAUCCCUCAUGAAUAUCAGGUCAUCAAAGAAUCAACAGUUGCUUGAUCAAGUAUUUGAGCUCAAACGUAAGGAACAACAACUUCAAGAUGCUAAUAAAGACUUAAAAAGGAAGAUACAAGAAACUAGUGGAGAAAAUAUGCUUCAUAUAUCUUGCCAAGAUGUAGGGCCCAGUGGCCAUGCUAGUGAAGCUAACCAAGAGUUUCUCCAUCAUGCAAUUUGUGACCCUUCCCUGCAUAUAGGGUAUCAAGCUUACAUGGAUCACCUCAACCAAUGAAUGAAUUGCUUAUCACAUUAAUGGACAUCUCCUAUGUUGGAUGUGGUGUUUGACGUAAUGCUCUCUUUUACAUGCGGGUUUUACCUUAAGUGUGUGUGCUAAAUUUAGUGCGUUUGUUUAUGCUCUUUUGAACUGAACAAAGGAAUGAUCCCGGUUUGAUUGAUGAAUGCUGCAAGAACAUAAUCUAUAUGUUAGUCUGAAUUCAGUAUGUAAUGAAGAUGUUUUGUUACUAAUUAAUAAAUACGAAGUAAACAAUUAA